AUAGAUGAGUACAUCGCUCAGGCCAAAGAUAGGAGUUAUGAGACUAUGAUGAGGUUUGGAAAGAGGGGUCUCAACCUCGCUGCUACCGCUGCUGUCACUGCAGCCACCAAGGGGCAAGGUGUAUUGUCAGACAAGCUGCGGAGUUUCAGCAUGCAGGACCUGACGCUCAUCAACGCUGACGAUGACCUGGUUCUGCACAGGUCAGAGUCCCGCACGAGACGGGACACCAUGGAUGAGAUGAGCUCAGGGGCCAGCACGCUGCCCCGAGCCAAGAGCACUGCUGCACGGCAAACUCGCUCAUUGGCGCAUGCUGACGAUGCGUCGUCCCAACACAGCUCUGACCAAUCAGACACAAGGACUGAACACUCUGAUGAAGAUGUAGGAGAAAAACCCCCCAAACGCAGCACCACCAUCAAAGCAACCAAGAAACCUGCAGCUGCAAAGACAGAGACUCAGACCAAGACAGUGAAGAAGACAACGACAAAGAAAAAAACUACAACUACUAAUGCGGAGACGCCACCAUGAGGCCUGCUGUCCACAUCCACCUGCCUAAACUUGCACCACCCACAGCCUGCAGGCCCCUCUCCCCCUGUUUGGCCACCACACAAACACAUACCCACUGUACUUAACAAUAGAGCAAGCACUAAGAUUGUGUCCCUCAUGUUGGCUUAAAAUCUGGCAAUGUGCAGGUUUGUUUUAAGCAGUAUGUGGCCACCUCAAAGUUAAGAACAGGUCUUCAACAUUGAUUAACUUCAUUUUAAUCAUAUUUUAUGUAUAAACUGUUGGGAUGUUUCUUUCUAUUUAACCAAAUGGUGGUUAGCGAUAUAUCCUUAUAAAAUCUCUUUUUUCCUUUAACCCCUUGACGUAUAUAGAUCCUCUUAGUACACGCCAAGAGUCUAAAGCUGUUUUGAAUUGAAGUUUCUCUAGUCAAAUAUAUUCUUCAUUCCUUUUUUUCUAAAUUGGAG